AAAGCGUGCAUGAAAUAACCAAUGAACCGGGCUUAACCGGUUCAGUUAGGUCCGGUUUUGGUUCUCUUUGCAUCAAACCAGUUCCAUUGUUUUUCCUUUUGGGAUGUCAUCUAUAUCCGUAUCGUUCCCCCGCCAAAAACGCUCUUGCUUCCCCUGCAAUGGCGUCGGCUUGCUCUUUCGUUAGGGUUUCGAUCUCCAAGUUGUCUACUUUCCGCGUUGGACAUCGCCCUCCUUUUUUGCCGUUCGAAUUGUGCCGUGCCCGUCGAACUCUCUGCAGCAUCUCUUCUACUUCUCAGAAGCAUUCUCAUCCCGUCCCGUCUUCUUCUUCUUCGCCACCGUCGUCUUCUUCUUUCAUCAUGGAGACAGUUGGAAAUACUAGGUGGAGGCCGAUGUGCUUGUAUUAUACUCAAGGGAAGUGCACAAAGGUGGAUGAUCCUGCUCAUCUGGAGAUCUUCAACCAUGAUUGUUCACGAGAGCUUCGAGUGAGUGCUGCUGAUCUCGAGCGGAAGAGCUCGCAAGAAUUCAACUUUUUCUUGGUGCUCGACUUGGAGGGCAAAGUUGAAAUUCUCGAGUUCCCUGUUCUCAUGGUAGAUGCCAAGACCAUGGAGGUUGUGGGCUUGUUCCACCGGUUUGUAAGACCCACCAAAAUGAGCGAGCAGGCAAUAAACAGAUACAUCGAAGGCAAGUAUGGAAAACUGGGUGUUGACCGGGUGUGGCAUGACACGGCUCUACCAUUUAACCAAGUUCUUGAGCAGUUUGAGGCUUGGUUAGCCGGACAUAACUUGUGGGGCGAGGAGUCUGGUGGGGUUCUGAAUGAUGCAGCUUUCGUAACCUGUGGGAAUUGGGAUCUGAAGACAAAGAUUCCCGAGCAAUGCAAAGUGUCAAACAUCAAGCUUCCACCAUAUUUUACGGAGUGGAUCAAUCUCAAGGACGUCUACCUCAAUUUCUACGGCCAAGAGGCCCGAGGAAUGGUGACAAUGAUGAGGCAACGUGAAAUCCGGCUAAUGGGAAGUCACCAUUUGGGCAUCGAUGACACGAAGAACAUCACAAGGGUGCUUCAACGAAUGCUUGCAGAUGGUGCAGUGCUCAAGAUCACAGCUAGGAGAAGCAAUUCCGAUCCAAGAAACGUGGAGUUUCUAUUCAAGAACAGGAUCAGGUGAGAAGCAAGACUUCUAGUCUCCUAAAGCAAAUUCCAAUGAAAGUUCAUAACUUUCAGCUAUGUAAUAUACAUCUUUGGCUAUAUUGAGUGUGUAGUUGAUAAACCGGAAGCAACAGACUGGUGAAAUGGGCACACCAUACAAGCUAGUGAAGAAGCAUUCAGCUACCUUCCCAAGCAAAUUUGAGAGAAAUUUGUGAUUUUUUGUUUGUGUUAUAUUUUAAAGGCCUGGCCUUGGCGGGAAAUGACCAUUGGCUCA